ACCCCAUAUGAACUGAGUUCAUCAGAUGGCUAUAGAGAUAACUAGUUCCAGAAUCUUGAAGCCAUGCACAACCCCUCCCCAUCCGCUAACAAACACACUUGUGCCCCUCACCGUCUUUGACCUUGCUGCCAUGGACCUCCACGUUGCAACAGUCCACGCGUACAGGGCUCCGAUGCCUGAAAACUUGGAGAUCAUUGAAGGACUGUGCAGAGUGCUGGCUUACUUUCCGCACCUUGCUGGGAGACUCACCGUUGAUGACAGCGGGCAGCCCUGUAUUUUGUUGAACAAUGCGGGAGUUAGGGUGGUUGAAGCGAGGGUCGGUGCUACCUUGGCGGAGAAAAUGCCACUUGAGGGGACCACAAACACGACGGAGUUGCAUCCCUCAGUUGAAGGUUUGUGUUUAGUUAUGAAAUCUUUAUAUGCGACGGACAGUGGAACGAACAUCGGCUGGUGCGCUAUGACCCUUCCGCUGCAAGUUAUUGAGGAAACUAUCGCUCCAAGUGCAAUUAAAACAAUACAAUUGUGGUGGAGUAGAAUCGGCUUCACGUGGCCAUCAAUGCGCAAGUGCAGAAUGGCCAUAUCCUUGAGUCAAUUCCUCGCCAGCUGGGCCGAGAUGGUCCGCAACCCUUCAACCACAACCGUCCCAUCCCCUUACCUUGAUCGAUCCACCUUCUCCAUACCGAGAAACCCUCCACACUCCGACUUCAACCACCUCGACAUCGAAUUCAAGCAAAGCUCCGACUCAUCGGACCCGAAAAAACCAAUCAAAGGCCCUGUUACUAACUUUGUAGCACAUUUCUCUGCAAAGUUCAUCGCCGAGCUCAAAUCGAAAGUCCCAGGCCGGAGGUCAACGUUCGAGUGCCUACUCGCCCAUUUAUGGAGAAAGAUCACAGUUGCAAGAGGGCUCCACGAGGAUGAAAUCACCAGUGUUAGAAUUGCGGUGAACGGUAGAGCUAGGAUGAGGCCAGCUGUCCCGAUGAACUUUUUUGGCAACAUGGUGCUGUGGGCUCACCCAAAGGCUCAAGCAGGAGACCUGGUUCGGUUGGAUCACGUACAUGCAGUCACCGUGAUCCGUGAUGCGGUGAGCGGGACCAAUGAUGAAUACUUCAAGUCUUUCGUUGAUUUUGGAGAGAUUAUGAAGAGAGAGGGAGGGCAUGAGGGAGGGCAUAAGCUAGUAGGGUCUGCACCGGAGAGCGGGAGCGCGUUGUGUCCAAAUUUGGAGGUGGACAGUUGGCUGAGGUUUAAUUUCCAUGAGUUGGAUUUCGGGAGUGGAGGGCCUUGCGCUUUCUUACCUCCAAAUUUGCCUGUGGAGGGGCUUAUGGUGUUUGUGCCUUCGUACAAGGAGACGGGUGGGGUUGAUGUGUACUUGGCACUCUUGGAGGAACAUGUGGAGGUGUUUAGGAGGAUUUGCUACUGUUUGGAUUAAGGAAGCAUUGAGCUUGUGUUUGUUUGCUAUUUGUUU